AUGGCUCAACCCUACCCGCUUGAUUUGCGAAUCCCUGGAAACAAAGAAUAUGACGGCCGGACAGACCCGGAGGUACACAUCAACACUUACUAUGGCAAUAUGUUGAUGAUGGGCGUGACUGACGCUAUGAUGUGCCGGGCUUUUUAUUCGACGCUUUCUGGUCAGGCGGCCGAGUGGUUCAGAACACUGCAACCGGGGUCUAUUUCUGAUUUUGCUAGUUUGGCGACGAAGUUUACCCGAAAGUUUGUCACUUCCAAAGUUGUCCGGAAGCCUUACAUGUACCUCGAGAAGGCUAAACAGUUGGAGGGAGAAAGCUUGACCGAUUUCCUAGUCAAGUGGAAAGCGGCGGUCGGAGAGGUCGAGCCUAUGGACGACCUAACAGCCAUUCACAUGCUGCAUAUUUCUCUCCGGGCGGGUUAUUUGUAUCAUGAUUUUAUAUUCCACCCGCCUACUACCUAUGAAGAAGCACUCCGAAGGGUGACAGAUUAUGCCAAUGCUGGAGAGGCAAAUGCCGUCAAACGCUCUCAGGAGUCGGCCAGAAAAUGCUAUACCCGAGCAGUGAAUCGGCGUGAUGCGGGUUCUUCCCGUGUAAACACAAUCAUCCGGGAGGCUGUUAAGGACCGGAAAGAACAGCCCGAGCCAUCUGAAGAGAUAGAGGAGGUUCCUUUGUCGGAAGAUCGGCCGGAGAGAAAGAUAAAGAUCGGUUGGGCCCUUACCACUGAACUGCGAUUGGAAGUGUUAGCAAUCCUCCGGGAAUUUGCUGAUAUAUUUGCAUGGGGACCCGAUGAUAUGUCCGGGAUUGAUCGAACGGUUAUUUGCCAUCGGUUGGCUGUAGACCCUGCAGCUAAACCGAUUGUUUAG